AUGGCAGCGGCUUGUCCCUAUCAAGCUCGCAUUUCCAAGCUGGGUGCUUCCACUCGGCCCCGCGUUCUUGUGCCUACCAGCGGCUCCGGCAACUUCGGGGAACAAGGGGCCUCGGCCUUCUGGACAAUCGAUGAGCUGCCAGGAGCACUGCGCAACAUGGCGGAAGGCAGAUCUGGAAAAUCUAAAGAUGGCAUGGAGCGCGUGGAUGUUGACCUGGGUCCCAACAGGUGCGCCUUCACUGUGGAUCACAUCCUAUCAGGUGAUGAGGCCGACGCCCUGGCGGCCUGUGCUGAAGCGAUCCUGGACGCAAACGGCCACUCGCGGGUAGCGCCGGGGAUCAACACGCCUCCGGGCAUCUUGGGCAGAGCAACAAGGGAUCAAUUUGAAGGAUGCAUGCGGGUCAACGAGGCAGCUCAUUGGUACCCUUCCAGGGAAGUCGCUCCGCAGUUCCUGGGUGUGAUCUUCGAUCGCAUCAAAGACCUGGUGCCUCAGCACUUGGAGAACGGACUACCGUUGUACCCUCGCCUGUCGGAGAAGGUGGCUCAGUUCAAGUACAAUCGGGGCGAUGCUUUCAACCGCCACGUGGAUGGCCUGUUUCCGGGCCAGGGUGCCAACGCGCGUGGCGACGGUGUGGAAGAGUGGACCGGGGUGGUCUCUGGCUUCUCCAUGCUUCUCUACCUCAACGACUACGAAAGCGAUGGCCUCGAGGGUGGUGAGACUCGCCUUUGGACGGCUGAUGGCUCCAGGCAUGUGGACGUAAGGCCUAAGAAGGGCCGUGCCCUCUGUUUCCGCCGAGGAAGUCCCAAUGCUGUGCUGCAUGCCGGGUUGCCAGUGACUGGAGACGUGCCAAAGUACAUGGCGCUCAUUAACCUGGCCUAUGGAGAGCAGGUGGGCACAAAGCCCAUGAUGGUCUAA